CUGUCCAAACUCCAAAAUCUUUCGUCAGUGUAUGCACAUCAUCCAAAAUCAUAAAUACUUUGACUUAUAUGCAUAUGCAAUACCUAUAAAUAUCCAACACUUCAUUGAAUCACAAUCACAUUUCUCAAUCCAAAACCCAAAAAAUGGACCUCAAGCUCUCCACCCUCCUCUGCUUGACCCUACUCUUCUCCACCAUCCUAAGCCCAGCUCUCUCCGAGCUCUGCAACCCGAAAGACAAGAAAGUCCUCCUACAAAUCAAGAAAGCCUUUAACGACCCCUACGCCUUGUCCUCAUGGAACCCAAAGACAGACUGCUGUGACUGGUACUCUGUCACCUGUGACUCCACCACAAACCGCGUCAACUCCCUCACCCUCUUCUCCGGCGGACUCUCCGGUCAAAUCCCUCCCCAAGUCGGCGACUUGCCAUAUCUUGAACUCCUUCAGUUCCACAAGCAACCCAAUCUCACUGGCCCAAUCCAACCCUCCAUUGCCAAGCUCAAGAGCCUCAAGGAGCUGCGCCUCAGCUGGACUAACAUCUCAGGCUCUGUCCCUGACUUUCUCAGCCAACUAAAGAACCUCACCUUUCUUGAACUCUCAUUCAAUAACCUCUCAGGCUCCAUCCCCAGCUCGCUUUCCCAGCUUCCAAACCUCGACGCUCUUCAUCUAGACCGUAACAAGCUCACAGGUCAUAUUCCGAAGUCAUUCGGAGAAUUCCACGGCAGUGUUCCAGAGCUCUAUCUCUCCCACAACCAGCUCUCAGGCAACAUACCAACCUCAUUAGCCAAACUGGACUUCAACCGCAUAGACUUCUCCCGGAACAAGCUCGAAGGCGAUGCAUCCAUGAUCUUCGGAUUGAACAAGACAGCCCAGAUUGUUGAUCUGUCGAGGAACUUGCUGGAAUUUAAUCUAUCAAAGGUGGAGUUUUCAAAGAGCUUGACUUCGUUGGAUCUCAACCAUAACAAGAUCACAGGCAGUAUUCCGGUGGGGCUGACCCAAUUGGAUUUGCAGUUCCUGAACGUGAGCUACAACAGGUUGUGUGGUCAGAUUCCAGUGGGUGGGAAGUUGCAGAGCUUCGAUUCCUCAGCAUAUAUCCAUAACCGGUGCUUGUGCGGUGCUCCACUCCCAAGCUGCACGUAAUUCCGGCGGCGAUGGAAGGUUUGGCCAGCAAUCACUUUGCAGUUAUAUAGGUGUUUGAUAAAAUAAGGGCUUCAUGCAAUAAGCUACCAGUGCUACACAGGCUACAGCUUUGUGUAACCAAGCAGUAAGGAAUUAAUAAGAUUAGUUUUGUGCAUUAUGCCAACAAAUCACUUGCUCAAUUAGGUAACAUAGAAAACUUUGCCAGUGUAAGGCCAACAGUUGCAUGCUUUAAUACUCCCUCACAGAAAGCCACAACAGCAGAGUGUGGAGAGAGAAAAGGAAGGGUUGCAACAGAUGUAGGGUGCAGUGAUCCAACCAUUGCAGCAUGCACUCCUCCUAGAUUCCACAGAAUGUUUUGGGCAAACCCAACUGAAAGCUAUGUCCAAGUCGCCCCAAAGGUCAAGAAGUCCAAUUUUCUCUGAUAUGACGAUUUUCAUAAUGAGGGGAUAUGUUGAGGGUGUGUUGUAACCUCAUUAUAACCCUUUGUUAAAAGUUAAAACACACAUCACAGUCUGCAGCACUUGGUGCCAUCAUGAAGGCAUGAUUAGGAAUCUUUUGCAGAAUAGCAUUGUCUAAACUUAGUAUGAUAUCAUGUUCUAUGUAAUCAAGUGUUUCAUUAGUUUAAUGUUAGAAUUUCUUGGGUGAGACCGCGACA